UUUUUUUUUGUUGUUGUUGUUAUUGUUUCUUACUUAUAUAUUAUUCUUUUACAUGCCUCAAACGAAAGAAGAUGCUUCUAUAUCCUUUGUCAUCGAUGACUCUUUUACUGGGAUUAUGCAAGGAGCUGCUGACGAUGAAUCCGAAGGUUGCACCCUGUCAGGUCAAUGUGUGUUACAAGUCCACCGUCCUAUUAAAGUACGACGUCUUAUUAUCUAUUUUGAAGGUCGUUGUAAAGUUCAUUUGAAAAAGUCAAGUAGUUAUGGUAUGGUUAGUACUCCUGAAGCUAGUGAAACAAGAUCUCUUUAUAGUCGACAACAACACUUUUUAGGUCAAGAUGGUGAACUUCAUGUUUUACAACCUGGUGAACAUGCUUAUUAUUUUUCUCUUGAACUUCCUUCUCAUUUACCUGCCAGUUACCAAGGAAAACGUGGUUAUAUUAGAUAUCGUCUUACUUGCGCCAUUUAUCGUCCCAUGUUCUCAUCAGAUCUUCGUACUUCAAUGGAUAUUACUAUCAAACGUUGCCUCAUGUCAGACUUGACUCCUACUGCUGAUCGUGUAGAAACAGUUUAUGGAAAGAAACAUACAAACAAGAUUCGAUAUAGUGCAACUGCUCCUACUAUGGCUUAUCGAGAAGGUGGACUGAUUCGACUCAACCUGGCCAUGCAACUCUUACAUCCUGAACACUAUGGAAUGAAAUCUGUCACUUGUGCAUUACGUGAACGAGUUCAAUACAGAACAACUGAUUCUCAAGCUCAUACCCUCAUGUCUCGAUCCGAUGAUGUAUUUCCCCUUGGUUACAGUACGUUUAGUCCUAGUCAAGCUCAUGAUUAUGAUCCCACCAAGCCACAAGAAUACAACGCUCUAUUUAGACUUAUUCCAAGGGUCAAUGCAGAUACCAACAGUCGACUUCUCAAAGUGACUCAUUCUUUAGUGGUCAACAUUUUACUAGAAAAACUUGGUGAUGAUGACGAUAAUGGAUUGGAUACGGAUGAAGAAAGUAAUGCAACGGAUGAUACUGAUCAUCAUGCUGUGACGGAUGAUGAAGAUGGUGGAUAUACCUCAUGGGCUUCGGAUCAAACAGACGAUAAAACUCGAUUAAGUCAACGCAUAUUACAGCAACAUCAUGAUGAACAACAACAAGCUGGAAGUUCAUCUAGAUCAUCAACUAGUCGACCCACUUCACCAUCAUCAUCAACAAAUCCUCCUCCAGUCAUGACACCACCUCAUUCUCGAGCAUCUUCACCAGUACUUAGUCGAUCAUCUUCAUCCUCUUCUAUCACUUCUCUUUUUUCUUUGAAAAAUAAAUCACACGACGACUUGCACAAAUUGGAAAACAAAGUACUUGGAAAACAUCCUUCUCGUAAACCUGGUGUUACCGUAUGUACAGUGGAAGUUCCUCUAGUGGUCACCUCUCGACAGCAUACUUGGGAUGGUCAUAUGCCGAAACCUCCUUCUUAUGUACAAACUGCUUCUGAAGCUCCUCCUGGAUAUCAUCAAACUCUAGAAACUUGUCCCAUGGCUCCAAAUUAUAAUCCAAAUGAAGAAGAUCAACAUUAGUUAUAUAUAUUACAUUUAUUCAUUUAUUAUUAUUAUUAUUUGUAUCAUAUUAUUUUUAUUCAUUGUUUCAUAUAUACAUACAUACUUACAUUUAUAUUUUUUUGCAUUAUUAUUAAUAAAAACCAAUCAUUGUUUAUCAUUA